AUGAGGCGCACACCGCCGACACUGCUGAGCUGCUGUGCUAGAGCACUAGCGACUGCGAGCUCCGCCCCCAUUGCGUCCACAUCUGCGCCACCCGCAUCAAGCGCAACAGAAGCGAGCUAUACAAGAGCGCUCCCAUCUGGAAAACUACGUGUCUACGAUGAGGCACUCAAGGUGAUCAGUAAAGACAGGCAGAUCAAGCUCGAAAGGCUCGAGCGGCUGCCGAAUGAUGCGACUGCUGAACAAAGAGAGGAGCUCGAGGUCCUGGCCAGCGUCAAUGAUCCAGAGACGAGAUGGCAGUUCUCACAAGGAUUGGGUGAUCCGUCUUCGUCUGUGAUGAGACAUCUUGCAGAACAAGAUUGGCGCACUCAAGGUUCUUUAGCGCGCCUCAUGCAAAGAGUGCUGCAGAUGGAUGUGGUGCCUGACCUUCUACCAGCCAUAGACCCAGAAGUCGACCUCAACCUCUACUUGUCUGGCUCAUCGGUAGCCGUCGUACCGGGCAUCAAGAUCACAGCCGAUCAGACCGAACAAGAGCCAGAGUUGAGAGCGACAGUGUUUCAUCCCGACGAGAGGCUCUAUACGCUUUUGCUCAUUGAUCCUGAUUACCCCGAUCAUCUGCGGAAAGGCUUUACGACCUUUGUUCACCAGCUCAUAGCCAAUGUCAAAAUAUCAGCCUCGACACGGCGGUCAGCAUUGACGGGCGAUACAGUGCUGAGCUAUAUUCCUCCUCAUCCGCAAAAGGGCACGCCCCAUCAUCGUUACACAUAUCUUCUCUUUGCCCAACGCGGGAAGAUUCAAGAUGAAGUCAAGGCCUCCAAUGACCAGACACCUGGUCGCUCGGCGCCUGUCGAGCUCGCGAAACUCAAGCAGCUUCAACGGCUCGGCCUCAGCGUGAGGACGCUCAUGGAUCAGCACAAUCUCGAGCCGGUCGGCGUGCACUUUGUACGCCAGCAAUGGACGCCAGAAGUCACAGACAUCUUUCGCAGAACUUUUGGUCGGCCCGAGCCCGUGUACGGCAAAGAGAAGCAAGUCGAUCCUUACAAAAUCAUGCGACCAACGAGCAAGUACAGCAUCCUGUGA